GUCAGUUUGAGAGAGAGCUUUCUGCUGGAGAUUUUACACAGAUUCAUUGAUUUACCUGCCUUCAUAAUUUCUUGAUAGCAAUUAUUCGCUUUCCUUAACUAUUAUCCCAAAAAAAGGAGGAGUCUACUUUUAUAACACCUUUAGACUAAACAGAAGGCAGACUUCACUUGCUACCGGAUCUAUCGACACUUGGCCAUGGUCAAGAUUGAGUCUGAGAAAGAAAGAAGACUGAAUAGGCAAGUGUAAUUUGGGUUUAGGGCCAAGAUGAACAAGAUAAGCCACUCAGCUAACUUUACAGCUGAAGGGGACAGCACUAAGAGCAGGAUAGAAGAGAGGGACGGAUCUCCUAAAGAUCUCCAGGAGAGAAUGCGGACUGCUCUGCGGGCUUUUCAAGGGGGGCGCAAGCCUCGCUGGCUGAGUGGCUGGAGACAAAACCGCUUGGAACCUCUAAACAUGGAGGACAUUCGGGCUGGGGAGGAUCUUCAGAUUCAGGCCAGAGAGAACCUCCCUGACACUAAGGAGAGAGAGGAACUCCAUGAGACUCAAGUUGGAGAGGAUCUCCAUGAGACUCAGGACAGAGAGCAUCUCCAUGAGACUCAGGACAGAGAGGAUCUCCAUGAGACUCAAGUUGGAGAGGAUCUCCAUGAGACUCAGGACAGAGAGGAUCUCCAUGAGACUCAGACAGCAGAAGAGCUCCAUGAAUCAGCAAGCUGGGUUAUGACCUAUGGCCAGAUGUGGCAAGCAAUGGCCCAGCAAGGUGACUCUGUCAACUGCAGAGAGGACCUCCAUGCCACUCAGGCCAGGGAGGAUAUUGAACCUGCUGAACCAGCAAGCUGGGUUAUGAAAUAUGGCCAGAUGUGGCACAAAAUGGCCCAGCAAGAUGGCCCUGUCCUCCACAGAGAGGAUCUCCAUGCUACUCAGGCCGGAGAGGAUCUCCAGGCUAUUGAACCAGCAAGUAAGAACGAAAAGAGCUUGCCAGAUGUGGCAAAAAAUAGUCCAGUAGAUGGCCCUGCCUUCUAAAAGAUACUCAUAAUGAACUCAUUCUCCACAGGUCUGGAAGAAGACCUGGCAUCUUUCACAAUUCUGAAGUGAACAGCCAAGAAAUUGGCCACUGAAGCUACCAUCUUCUUCAAGUAUUCAGCUUCCAUCAAACAGCUGAAAUGACCAUUAUAUUACAUUGUCAUUAUUU